AUGCUUGGCCGGCUCUCAUGGUUGGAUACGGUAUGUAUCGACUACCAUGUGAAGCGCAACUACGAACGGUGGUGGCAGAAGUAUGCCUACGUUUUUAGCUCCUCGUUAUCCUGUGGGAUUGGUAUUGCCGGUCUGGUAAUCUUCUUUGCUGUCCAGUUCCAUGCUGUUGAUAUUAACUGGUGGGGCCAAUACCGUGUCGUAUAA